UGUCGUCUGCUUCGACACGCGGUCCGCGGCGCCUGGUUUCUGCUCGGGUCAAGUGUCUGCGGCGACUCCUGUUCAUUGUGCAACGGAACCACCUGCGAUGCUUCUUGAUUGGAUUUUAGUGCAGUCUCAUCCCACCCUGACAACAACUUGGCGUUUUGUAGUGCGUCAGCAAGCGGUGUGACUUAACUUUUGUGCUGGGAUCUUCUCUUAUUCCAUCAACUUAUCAAACAUCGAUGGCCAAACGUGAAGAUUUAUAGGCACAGAAAGUCAAAUGCUGCAAGCAAUCUUGUGUGACGGGCUCGGACCACCAUUCCCCAGGAUAUCAUCACCACGUCCUAGCAGGAGGACAGAGCAAGCAGGUGAAGCCAAUGUCCAGAGUACGACAUGAAAUUCGCCUCCCUCCACCUGUUCCAUGGUGUUUUCGGUCUCUUUGUCGCGGCCGUCACAGCUGGUGGCGGCAUAUUGGAACUGGAAUCCAUCCUGCCGGAAAACCCCCGAAAUUACGACAACCUGGCACCGCCAAAGGAAAACGGAAAGCCGACAGUGGUUCAUUUCCACGUCACCGUGCUCAGCAUAGACUCCAUAGACGAAGGCUCAAUGACGUACGUGGCAGAUAUUUUCAUGUCUCAGUCGUGGUACGACCACCGUCUGCGGCUUCCUCAAAAUAUGACCUCCAAGUACAGACUACUUCCGGUCAACUGGCUCAAGCGCAUGUGGAGGCCAGACUCGUUUUUCAAGAACGCCAAGAAGGUGACGUUUCAAGAGAUGACCAUCCCCAACCAUUACAUAUGGCUCUACAAGAACAGGUCCAUCUUGUACAUGGUCAAGUUAACCCUACUUUUAUCCUGUGCCAUGAAGUUUGAAACUUACCCCCACGACACGCAAGUCUGCACCAUGAAGAUCGAGAGCUUGUCUUACACAACGGACGACCUGGUGUUCGACUGGGAGAAGGACACCCCUAUCGUGGUGGAUGAUUUCAUCGAGCUACCGCAGCACAACCUGGUAGAGACCUCGCUGAGUGACUGUACCACAGUCUAUUCUACAGGUAACUUCACCUGCAUCCAGGUUACGUUCAUCCUAAAACGGCGCCUGGGAUACUACAUGUUCCACACGUAUAUUCCGACAUGUCUCAUCGUCAUCAUGUCCUGGAUCUCGUUCUGGAUUAAGCCCGAAGCCGUUCCUGCCCGCGUGACACUCUGCGUCACGAGCCUCCUCACCCUGUCCACGCAACACGCCCAAUCUCAGAAGUCCCUUCCUCCCGUCUCUUACAUCAAGGCCAUCGACAUUUUUAUGUCCUCCUGCACGAUAUUCGUGUUCGCCUCACUCAUGGAAUACGCCAUGGUCAACAUUCUCAUGGGUGAGACGGACGAGACCCUGGUCUACAGGAAAGUGAGGACGGCUGUCACUCUCGUUGCCAAAGGCACGGAAACACGCAGGUUAUCCAACGGAACCGCCCAGAAAUGCCUGGACAGCACUGCGUCCAUGCCCCAAAGACGCGACCGUGCUCUCAUGGUGGACAAGAUAUCUCGCGUCGUUUUCCCUCUCUCUUUCGUCCUGCUGAACACCAUCUAUUGGUCAGUGUACUUGGACUUCCCGUGAAGACACGUGGCACCACUAAAAAACAUUCACCAAGUGCUCCGCCCUCCGCAAGGCGCUCGACCAACCAGCGAACGACGCGCUGGUGACGCGUUGUGAGCCGCGCUUGCUGACUGGCUAGGGGCUGCCAAGUCCUGCCCACUGUUGCCAGACGCGUCGCUACACGCGCGACCUGAACUAACCCUGAGAUAUCCUCCGUACGCGACGGACACAACACCAUAUACCUGUACAGUCUCGUGUUCACGGAGAGGUCACCGGAAGACAGCAACCGAAUGGGACGGCUGGAUAUGCAUACAGUGUCAGCAAAGGGAGCACAGAACCCACGUUGUCCUUCACGCCAUCGACGUUAUAUUAUAAAAUGGCCGCUUCCGGGAAUUCUUUCGUGGGCCUGAUUUUCGCCAACAAGUGACCGGACUUCGCACUUUAACGCCAAUACACGCACGGAACGCUUUCGGCAUGUCUCGCUUAUUCUCAGAAAAGCCCAAUUAUUUAUCGGGACAAGGAACUCUGGGUUGCAGGAAUCCUAUUAAUAGUACAUGAACUGAAAGUCUGCAGCUCUGUGACCAAAUAGACUUCACACCGCACGUGUAAACGGAGUAGACGUAUACUGCAAACAUCGUUCGUUAAAGGGACUACAGCAUCCGGAAGGGUGUGUACGAGACCGACAAUGUUCGGCAUGACUUCACAUUCUGCUUGGCCAAGUUUACCUUCCGAAAAGAGCUUACUUAUUAAAUAAACGAGUUUUAAAGAUUCGCGCUCCGUCUGCAGCUAAGCCAGAAUGACGUAAGCCGGGCACACGCAUGGGAGCGCAGCGCAGGUGAUUGUCUCCGAGGUCGCCUCCUCCGCGUUCGCACCGCAAUAUACUAAGUGAAAAGACCUCUGUAAAUACGCCGUCCCUGAUUGGCCUUGUCCGAUUGACGUCUACAGAGAGGGAAUUCUGGAAUGCUCUCAAUGUCCGUCGUCUGCUGUUGCCAUGCGUUACAUCAAAUUGCACAGAAACAGCUCCGCUAAUUCGCGUCGGAUUUUAUCGGCGAUUAUUAUCGUUGAUGAACGAGGAAUAAAAUGGCGCUGUAGUUUCAGAGUCGACCGCGACGGAUGCGAUAGUCCCUUUAACUCUUAGAAGCUACCCAUGCGGCGGCUAAUCUCCUCUGUCACGUGAUGUUCUCUGAUACGGGUUAGGAACAAACAGUUUCGCAUCUCCCUCUUCCUCUACAUCUUUCUUUCUUGCUUCUUUUUUUUUUUUUUUUUCACAACGAAAAAUAUCGCAGAAAGCGAAAACCUUCCAAGGGAAGUCCUGGAAGGAAGGUGCCGACGAAUAUGAAAUCCUGCUCAUAAUUCGGUAAAGAUGUAGCACAGCGAGGUACCGGUGAUCGAUCGUUUUCGACGUGUCCACUGUACUACGUUUUAUUGUAUUUUUGUCCCUGCUUCGUAGACUAGUCCGAGGCUUAGCAACGGUUAGCUCGCACUUUGCUUCAACGUUGUAUACUUGCUAGUACAUUCCAAACCUGCCCGCUCAUUUCUUCUCGCAUAAAUACAUCUGCAUAUCCUCAUCCAAGUACAACGAACAGCUGAUUAGGCGUCCAGAGAACCACGUAGAGCUUUGAGGGCAAGUUUAAAAAUGAAGACGCAAUGCAACUGAGCAUUAUUGCAAUGACCGGCUGUAGAGUUCUACAGUAGACAGGAGGAAGUCCAUAUCGGUUUCGAAAAGAUUAUGAGUGAAACGUACUAUUCCUUUGAAGGGGCUGACAUCAUAUUGCUCGACUCUGUUUUGACAGCACCGUUUAUCCUAUCACUUUCGUAGGGUGCUUCAGAUUUAUUAAAACGCUGAGGUUGUCUCACAGUGCUUCAUUAAUCUAGCGCAGCUGCAUUGCAGGUCAUGAGAACGUUAAUGAAAAAGUGAUUUCUAAGAGUGCACAGUGGGAGGAAAUGACCACAAACCUCAAAGCACUCUAACCGUCGUAGUAGUAUGCCAGUACUGUACAAAAUGACCACGAGUGAACCAUCACAUAACGCAUUGCUUACGGACAUAGCCUGCUUUCGUUCGCCUUCCCUUUGAUUCUUCAGCCUGAUUGGUUUAAUUGAUUUGAUUUGAGCCUUUUUGCUUCUUCACGGGGCAUAAAAUCUCGUCCAUCUUCAUAGCUUAUUACGGUGGCACACACUAUAAAAAAAAACGAAGUAAAUUGAAGAGCAAUUUCAGGUUCUAGAUUGCAAUUACUGCCCUCCCCAUUUUAGUAUGUACUCUUGCAGUGUGUUCACCUUAGCGUGUGUUCACAUUCACGAGCGACAUUAUCCAGAAUACUAUAGCUGAAGAUGCGAAAAACGUCAUCGCUUUCUGUUGUCACGUGAGCGCGCGAUGUCAACGCCACCUAGAUACGGAAGGCUUGCUUAAUGCCUCGCCAUUUGCCGUUCUGCGAAUUCAGGAACUGGCAAAUUAUUGCAGCUAACUUCGCAAAUUUGAGCCUGUGCAGACUAAAACUGCAACACAUUCCCAGAAAAUUAGUCUUGAGAAAAAUGUGGGACUCGGUUUUGCGCUUUAUUUUAUUUUCCCAUUUAGUACGCGCGGGCGUUAUACUCGCAGACGACAGUGGCUGCCCAUGCGGCUGACGGUGGCUCGUCUCCAUGGCUACGAUCGCUGAAAGCACGUUCGUGAUUGGCUACGGCCGUUGAAAACAGUAUCCUGAUUGGCUGACUCUCAGCUGUUACAUCAUGUCAACGAGUAAGCAGGCUUUCUCUAUCUAAGUGGUGUUGUCAAUCACUCUUUGGUUGAGAGCCCGUGAGUAUGUGAUCCCGCUGUGAUUCAGGCUUUUGAUUCAGAAUGUGUAAUAGCUAUACAACUUUUGCAAUGGAGCAGGUAGCACGCAUGGUGGGCUGAUGAAAGCUCCAAGGUUUACUUUUUACUAAUUUACUAACAAACUAACUCUUCGUGCACUAUCCAGUGCUAUUCUCCACGGUCGUGAUUGGCGGAAUUUUAACGACUAUAUCAUGUCGUUUAAGCAAUUAGGCUUUGUUCAUCUAGGUGGCGUUGGCACUGCUAAAAGUGGGGGAAAUCCUGAGACGCAUCCCACAGGAUAUUACGUAGCAGACGACAGAAAAAGAAGCGGACGGUGUCGUCUGCUAAGAUCGCAGUUGCGCCAUUCCCGAUUUCCCGGCACCGUGCGAAGGCUCGACAUAACACGCGGCGAUCUUAUGCCCCGUUGAGCUGUCUUCUGCUCUUUCUUCCACUAGAAUAUUCCGUGGAGAUGACCUCGUGUGAACACACGGUUAUCCGAAAUUAACGCAGCACACCCCGGCAACGCAAAUUGCAACCUUAGCAUGGGAUACACUUUCUUACGUUUAGUCCCGAAAGGGAGUAACAGUUGUGAAAAUGCGUCUAGUCCGCAAAAGGACUAAAAUUUCUCAUUUCUUCCCUUAGAGUGUACAUACGAGGUUAUACGUAAUACUCCAGCGCUACUGUAUAUGAGGACCCACUCACACGACGAAGCAAAAGAAACUGGCCACGGCAAGGACUCUCAUCCUGGUCCUCGUACCUUGUGAUGCAGCUGCCUAUUAUCUAAAAAUAAAAAAUAAAAGGGGCCUCUAACAACUUUCAUACAUUACGCAAGAAUACAUUCAAAUUCGCUACAAGAUUGAACAGACAACAUUAAAAAUGGAGCAAAGGUCUAAACGAAAGCAGAUUUAUAACUAUCACGCUUCUUUUCUUUCCAACUCCCACGAGGCUUACAACUAGUAUAGUUUGCCAAACAGGCUCUGAGCACUGUUUAUUUCACUCUUUAUCCUUUCUUCGACUCCAGUAAAGUACAUCAUUUCCCUAGAGACGCAGCAGGAUCCCAUCUAUACCUUCCUCAUAUUCCGCGCGCAGAAUUCGAGAUUAGUUUGGUCUUGCUUUCGCAAAAGCGGGGUAAGCUCUGUGGGGAAACAAGCAUAUAUUUCCAUUCGUAUAGCCGCAGCAUAGACCACGCAAGAAUGGAGAAUACACUUCUGCCUUUAGCAUGUUUCAGAGCUUAUAAAAGAUGUCUGCAAAGCAGACUUCCCCGCAUGAAACGAAAGUCAUUGUUGUAGGUCUCACGUUGCCCCGUGUUGCUAGAGGAUACAUAUCAAAAUACAGUACGAGGGUAUUUACAAUGUUAUUACUUCGUGCGACGACUGUGAACUAGUAAAGGCCCGUUCCGACAUACAGCGCUUUGUUCCACAGCGCUGCACCACAUCACUGCAAAACAGCGCUGUAUUUCCACUGUGGUGUUCGCACUUGCAGCGCUGUACUUGGUGAUCUCACGUGAUCGUACCGUCACGUAAAGGCGGCGCCGCGUUCUCAUUGGUUCAGGGAGCCUAUCGCCGGGAGACAGCGAUGAGGAAGUACACCGAAGCUCAACUUCGCCAAGCGCUGUUUUCUAUCGAGUCGCAGCCGGGAGAGGAGGGAAAAACAGCGCUGUUUUCCAGUGCUAUGGAGCAAAGCGCCGUAUGUCGGAACGGGCCCUAACCCAACAGCACCUUUCAACAAGCAGGUUCGUGAACGAAUUAACUCACUAACUAACUGUCAUAUCACUACACUUACCAAACAGUGUUAUAGUUAAGAGUAGAAGUACAUACGCAAGGGGGAGUGGUCUCACUGUUCCACGAACAUAAUAACUUCAUAUGUUAACGAUAAUAUAACGUAUCACUUAGUUAUCGCACGUUAUCAUAUUACAUAUCACUUGAACAAGGCCUGUGCGCUUUUUCCCUCUCUUCUUUCGGCAUCGUUACCGGCACCCAACUAAAAAAAAUCGUAUGUGUUGAAAAAUGCAUCGAACAGCUUUUUCUAGAUUUCAGUUGCGGAAUUGCCUGCUUUGACAGCGCGUGCUUUCGGCAGGCAGACCGCUCGGAAAUAGUACGUCACCACCACAGCACGUGGUUUGUGCAACAUUCACUAUACUGGCAGGUGCAUGUGUGCUGUGUUCGGCGCGCAACCAUGAACACCUUGUCAAAGCAUACGAUUGUUUGGCUUGCUACGUUUGGCUGGACCCAUAGAGAUGGUAUCGUUUACAGCGGACCUCCUCUUGACCAGGUAACGCUGGCCAGCCCUCGAGUCAGCAUGUUGUCUUCCCGGUUUAUCGUAAAGUGAGGAAAAUCAAAUCUCUCUCUCUCUCUGGGUUCACUCCAUAAAAGGAUUAUGAUGUCGAUGCACUGCGGACAAAAAUAUUUGCAACCCGAAGUUUCGCCAGGAAACACUUCCACAUCUGCCAGAUACAACCCCCUCCUUUUGGGUUCAUAAUCCCACCCGCCAUGCAAGCAACGGAUAAUUACUCACAUUAAGUUACACAUGAACGAAACAAACAUUUUCUUUCAAAUUUAUCUGCACCGCCGACUAAGAACCACGCGUUCCAUUAAACGAAGCAAAUAAUUUGGUAACGUGCCGAAUGGACCUUUUCUUUUUACCACGGCCUAUGCGCACGCGCAUGACCUUGAGGCGCCGGACAGGGUUCUCUCCGUCUUCACUAGAUGGCGCAGUAUGGGGACGACAGAAGUGGGGACCAGUGGAGAGACCGCACGAACGGCGCGAGCUCGUCGGUCCCACUCCGAACCGGUUUUGCUCCUUGUUACUACCCACGUGGAUUUGUUUUGGCGCCUGCCGAGCGUAGUUCGCUGGAGAUCCGCUAGGGUACGACGCGUAUGUGAAAAAAAGCAAUUACGGGUAAAACGCAGCCCCAUUUCACAUUUCUCCGAACAGUGAAGGCGUCGAGUUGAAGCCCGUCACGACAUGUCCUUCUCAUAGUCGUCCUUAUUUUAUUCUGUUUUCACGAACUUUCGAUCACUUUGUAGUCCGAAGACCAACUAACUAUUGAGAACCAAACUACGUAAAGCACACUCGUGGUUGUAGCAUAUAGACGGUGGUAAUUUAUUAUCAUUCUUGUUUUCGGUGUUGGACUGAAAAGGUACCUGCUGCGUUCCCAGUUGCCAAAGGGCUGUGCUUGUGCGAAAGGACUGCUCACGAACUUACGGUGGACCGAGUGGACACUACUGUGACUUGCGAGUGCCGUGCAUGCGAAGAAAGGGCAAUCUAUGCUGCGUUUGAACGGAUGGUUGUUCUGGACUCACCGACUUCUUUUUCUAGAUGACCUUACGUGCUGUUUUUUCUCGUGUACAUAUCCUUCUUCUCACCGCUCUCCGGUGUAUAUGCAUGAAAAAAAGUCAUUUUUUUUGU